AUGAUACCUCGUCGAUUUCUCUCGAUUGCUUCUGCGUUCUCCUUCUUCUCGCAGACAUGUAGCGCUCAGACGAUCACUCUCACAACUCAUGUCAGUGCCUGCAGCGCAACCUACACAUCUGGCACGUCCACCACAGUUAUUCAGUCAACUGUGACUGUUCAGCCUACACCAUGGACUGAUGCCGCGGCCAAUGGCGGUGCACCGUUUGUGGUUAGAUUGCAGCAGGUUGAUAUCUCUGGUUACCCAGACCAGGAUACCGCUCCGUACUGGCUUACUGCUAAUGGAAAUACCACUACCAAUUCGUCACUGGCAGCAGUUUACAUCAUCAACCAAGGCCGACUUGCCACUCUGAACGGCAGUCAUGUCGCGACUAACUUCAACGUCGUCGAUCAAGCAUUCGGCGUUACUGACUACGAACUGCCUAUCAAUACCACCUUCUCUGUGAACAACAGAAUGCUGAACUGGACCAACCCCCUGUUCACCAAUGGCACAGCACAGUUUUACAAGCUGCCUCCAGGUCUGCUCGAAAAUGCUUUGAUCCUUGCCAAAUUCCUUGGCCCUAUGGAGGCACAGAGAAGCUGGAGUCCAGUUAUACUUNNCUACGUCGAGCCCUUGGUGAACAAUGGCUCUGGAGUAGUCUCGUCUUCAGCUUCCUCUGGCGCUUCGGGUGCUCCUCUGAGUACUGUGUCAGGCCUCUUGCCCAACGGUGGAAGCUCUCAAGUUGCUUCGGCCUCUGGCUCGUCUGCAGCGCCCGUCGGAUCCUCGAUUGCAUCGAAGUUGUCAUCACAGCUCUCUUCCAUGGCAUCCGCAGCCUCUUCUGUGUCCUCGAUGGGCUCGAUGUCUUCCGCAAUGGGCCCCGGCACGUCUUCGGAUGUUAUGUCUGCUCCUUCUAUGAUGGGAUCAAUGGCAUCAUCCUCAUCGAUGGCCGCAGGCGUAUCUUCCCUUCCUCUCGGAGGAGCUAGUUCCGCUGCUGGUGGUGGCGACUCUGCUUCCCUCAGUAGUUCGGCUUCCAUCAGCGAAAUCGGCCCUGUUGUUGUCCCAAGUUCUAGCACUGCCAGCUCUGCCACAUCCACAAGUAGUAUGCUUCCUCAAACCACGUAUUCGUGCCCGGUCAACAACGGAGAGAUGGUUCAAUCCAACAUGGGAGGCAUGUAUCAACUCGGUUGCAACGACGCUUUGUCUGGUGGAGGUGCCACCCAACGUGCUGGUUCCGCUACGGACUUCAACGGCUGCAUUACUCUCUGCGAUCAGACUGAUGGCUGUACGGCAUGGACGUUCGACGGUGUUGACAGCUGUUACGUACAAACCGGUACCUCUUCUGCUGGCACCACGUUCCAGCCUUCUGCCACACAAGGCACAGUAUCUGGUAUCAGAAAUGUACCAGCUCGUCCUGGCAGUAUUGGAAGUACCUCUUCAAGCNNACCUCAAUGGGUUCUUCUGCAGUCUUGUCAUCAUCUUCCAGUGCUCUGGCAGUCUCUUCUGGUAGCGGACCUGCUUCGUCUGCCUCUGUUAGCCAACCUGCUUCGUCUGCUGUUCAGCUCUAUUUCCUCUGCUACUCAAUCCCUCUCCUCGGUUUUGAGCGCAGGAUCAUCAUCGGUUGCCAUGUCUUCCUCUCUCUCUUCCUCUUCCCGUUCGGCUUCAAUUGCUCCAAUCGUGUCCAUAGGAAUAGGAGGACAAGGCUCAUCUUCACGUGCUGCCUCGAGUACUUCUCCAAGUGUUUCAGCCCCGAGCAGCUCUUCUGUUGCAUCUUCUGCUGAAGUCACCUCUUCUUCCCAAUCUGCUCCGGUCGCCACAUCAGCUAGCUCGAUUUCCUCUGCACCAUCUGCUGUCAUAUCGCAGACCAGUUACUCCUGUCCAUCAGUCGACAACCAGACAGUCGUCGAUGCCACCGGUGCAACCUACCAGAUCAGGUGCAGUGCGGACACAACGCUNGGUGGGGUCAACUCUGGCUCUACACCAGAUUUCAAUGGCUGUAUGACGAGGUGUGACAGUACUGCCGGCUGUGGUGGUUUCGUUUACGUUGGUGCUACAAACGGAAACUGCUAUCUCAAGUCGCCUGGCAAUGGACGGCUCCAGUUCGUAUCAAGUACUUCGGACCAUAUUGCUGGUAUCAGGAGUGGUGUGGCUGGCAGUGCCUCAUCCACNCGUCUCUACAACUAUCAGUGCGGGAGCCCUCCGGGGGCUACUGUAUCGCAGGCUAGCUAUUCCUGCCCGGCAAACAACAACGAAACAGUCAUUGAUCCCAACGGCGCCAGCUACCUCAUCAUGUGUGGCUCAGACACCACACUUGGCGGUACAUUGGCUGGUUCUGUGAACGAUUUCAAUGGUUGUAUGCUGAAAUGCGACGCUACUUCUGGCUGUGGUGGUUUCACCUAUAUUGGAUAUCUUCAAAAUUGUUAUCUCAAGGAACCUGGCUCUGGAGGCCUUGCGUUCGCUCCAGGUCCUGCAGAUUAUGUGGGUGGUAUCAGAUACGGACUAGCUAGUCCUUCUGGCUCUGCAUCUACCAGUAGUGCUACCACGGCCGCGGCUACGAGUCCUGUAGCUGCUGCCUCAAGUGGAACUGGCUCUGGCUCUGGAGCGGGAGCCGGAAGUAGCAGUAGUGCCGCUGCUGCUUCGUCUUCGCCUGCAUGUUCUGCCCCUCCUCUUCCCUCUGGUAGCGGCAGUCCUACAGUCGUCAACCCUGAUGGCUCAACAUCGACUUACAACGGUCUGCUUGCCAGCCCAACACGUUGUGACUUUGGUGACCCGAUUGACACCGAAGAAGACGAUUCGUACUGUGAAAUCGACCUUCCCUUCGCAAUGAAGAUCUAUGGAGGCUCCUCGAACGUAACUUGGGCCACCACUAAUGGCGUAUGUUGUUGCCUGAUCUAUUUUGUUUACAAACUUACUGACCAUUUGACUCUANNGCUCCUGACUUUGAUCGAGAGCACCGCUAGCUAUGACAACGGACGCGGCCUCCCUAACCCUUACAUCCCCUUGUACGCCGCAGCACCCUUCUUCGAUGACCUGAUCAAGAACGGAGAUGACCUCGACAUGGGUAUCUUCUAUAACGUCUCAGCCACCGCUGUGACGUACGAGUAUCGCCUCGGUCGUGGCGGCACAUAUGAGACUUACCACUUCACUGUCAGUUAUGACAGCACCAACCCUGGCGUUUUUGUCUACAGAUACUACGAAGUUGGCCAGGACCAAGGGUCCGCCAGCGCAAACAUCGGUAUCCAAGGAUCGAACGAUGGUAGCACACAGAUUGCCGUCAACUUCUCUAACCAGAGGGCUGGUGCCGUUGUGGUGGGCUCGAUCUUGACUUGCAACACUGCCGCCUCUCCUGCUAGCUGCGUGCUCUCCUGUUAG